UUGGGUUUUGGGCCACUCCACUCCAAGGCGAAUGGCCAGUCGUGUGUGGAACUCGGCUGCGAUCGGUUGCCUAUUGAAGUGCUCUCUGCAGAUCCGUGACCCGUGAUCCGUGAUCCGUGCUCCUCGCUCCUCGCUUCCUAAACGUUUUCGGGCGGUUUUCCAAUCGAAACGAGCCAAAAAUCGCACACAUUAAGACGCAUUAUAUAAACAGAAGAACCACAACACCUUAAUGCACACGCACACACCUCUCCCACUAUAAAUAGCCCACGGAAAUCGGUAAAUAAAUAAUUCGGAGAGAGGCAAGUAAAAGUUCUAGGAAGAAAAUCUAAUUGCGACUUUGCGAAAAAGAUGGUGAAAUAAACGAAAAACUUUGAUUAUAAUGAGAGAAUCGUUCUUGAUGCAAUAAACACGCGUACCAAACCAAUCCCAAACCCUAAGCAUAGUAACAGUUAAUUGACAAAUUCGAACUGCUAAGUGAAAUGUUGGCGAGGUGUGUUUUGUUCGUUACUUGGCUGGCGGUUUUCAUUGCGACUGGAAAAAGUGACGAUCAGUUGAUGAAGCUCCCGGCCUGCGCAGCCAAACAGGGCGAAUGCGAUGAUAACGAGGGUCCCGUCUGCGGCACCGACGGCCAAACCUAUCCCACCAGGUGUCAUCUGCUGCGGGCGCAGUGUGGUGGCCACCAGGUGAGCCUCAAGUACAGCGGCUCCUGCAAUGCCUGCUUGGAGGCGGUUAAAUUUGCCCGUCGUCAGCAGGAGCGAGAUCCCGAGUACUUUGUGCCCAGAUGCAGGAAGGAUGGCAACUUUGCGGCGAUGCAGUGCUACGGGAACAACGGAUGCUGGUGCAGUGAUAGUCAGGGCAGACCCAUCGAGGAUGAUAACAAGCAAUUUCGGCGAAAGGGCAAACUGCGUUGCAGGGCCAAUCGACGUGACCGACGCCGCCUGGCAUCGCAUCAGAUUGGCUAUAAUCCGGAUACCUCUGCGUCCAAGGGCAGUUCGGAGACAGGUUCUUCAGCCCACCGGACCUGCAGCAAGUCCGAUCGGUCGCUGUUCAACGCCAAUCUGAUGAGGAUGUUCCGGAACGAGGCUCAGAGCUUUUUCCGCCAGGCAUCUCUUACAGAUUCUCACAUUCUGGAGUGGCAGUUCUCCAAGCUGGACACGAAUGGCAACAAGUUGCUCGAUCGCCACGAGAUUAGGGAGCUAAAGAAGGUCCUCAGGCGGAACGUUAAACCUCGUCGAUGUGGACGUACCUUUGGCAAAUACUGUGAUGUCAUCAAGGAUGCCAGCCUCAAUUGGUUGGAAUGGAGCGUCUGCUUCACCAAGGAGUUUCACAACCGUAGUGCUGUCGUAAAUCUCCUGGCGAGCAGUGCAGCCACCACACCACCACACUUCACCCACUAUAGUAUCCACAAAACCAACGUCAAUGGCCACCACCGAGGUCAUACCAACACCAUUGGUACUGGAAGUAGUCCACACUCGUAUUCCGAGGAUGCAAGUGGCAGUGAGGAGCACGAGGACAACUACGAGGACACAGCCACAGGCUACGGAGGUGAAGAGGACGAUUCGCAAGGAGCAGAUCUGCCCAGUUCACGAACGCAUGUCCCAUCAUUAUAUAUGCUCAACUCGAAGCCAGAGACGGCGAGCCAGGACUUGGAGAAUGACUCCAACUGCUGGAUGGAUCAGUCGGUCACGCUGGAGGAACAGGGCCACGGCGGGAAAAACGUUCUAUUUGUGCCGCAGUGCCUCCCGGAUGGUCGCUAUCAGCGCAUUCAGUGCUACUCCUCCACGUCCACUUCGUACUGCUGGUGCGUCAACGAGGACACGGGAAAGAGCAUCCCGGGCACAUCAGUGAAGAACAAGCGGCCUCAGUGCGACGAGAGUGUGGCCGUCCGACCCAUGAAGGGAUGCACCGAGCCGCGCAAGACGCAGUUCCUCAAGGAGCUGAAGGCCUACCUCAACACCUCGCUUCUGCCCAGCAGCACCACCGGUACGAACUCUUCCAUGUGGAAGACAGACGAUGAGCGAAUCGCUACGCUUAGCUUUGUUUAUCUGGACAAGAACAAGAAUAAGUCGUGGGAUCGGCGAGAGUGGAAGAACUUUCGCGAUCUGGUCACCAGUGCCAGCAACCUGCGCAGAUGUGGCAAGAAGAUGCCGCGCUACUGCGACGCCAAUGGAGACAAAAAAAUCUCUCUGGCUGAGUGGCUCAACUGUCUGCAAGCAACUCCGCGGGAAAGUGCCACCACGGCUAAGCCGGCACAGUCAAAUGAGACCGCCAGUCCAAAAUUUCAAGGUGUGAAUCCGGUGGAGCGAUAUCUGAAAGACUAAUCGGGAAAAACGUUUCUAUAGCCGUGCUGCAGCUUCUACAACAAAUUAAAUGUCGUCGUGCCAUGACACAUACAAACCCACACGAGAGCACAUCCUACAAAACACCAUCCACAAUUGGGUGGGUCGAUUUUGUGGAGUAAUCCUAAAAAUAUACACUUGUUUAGCUUUUUUUUUUAAAGAAAUAUAAUUUCUAUCUUUGAAGUUAUUGAUGAUCUACUAGGAAUCUAAAGUAUGAUCAGUUCACAAUAUUUGUUAACUAUUAAAAAUGUUUUGAAAUUCUUAAUUUAUUUAUGUUUAAAGUAGUAACAAUACUGGUGUUUCUAAUACAUUUUUAAAUGCGUUAAAAAGGUGCAAAAUCAGUGAUCAAUUGUCAUGUUUGCAAAUAAUUAUUCGUAUUCUUUCUAAGCUUAAAUUUGGUUGUCCAUGAAAUCGAUCCACCCUGACCCUUAACUACACGCAGACACAUUCCUAGCAUUAGAUUCUAUAAUUUUCAUGUGUAUGUUACUAAUUAUUAGUGUUGUAAAUAUUAUCGAACAUAAAUGUUUAAGCUUA